AUGCGCUAUUAUCGACAAAAGAUUCAGUUGGCUAAAUCACCGGCUGUGCCAUUUUUACCGGUGGUCUUGAAGGAUCAGACGUUUUUCAAAGAGAAUUCGACAUUUUCUGUCAAUCAUCCCAAUUUGAUCAACUUUUCAAAAUUUCGUUCGAUUCGACAGUUUAUUGAAAAGGCAAAGACCUUGACAAGCGAGCCUUACUGGUACGCCAACGACCUGACCUUCUAUCCCUUCUUUCCUGCUACUACUACAAGCACUACAACACAGGGUGGCCAAUUGGACUGCAUUGGCGACUGGCUAGAAAAUCGAUUGAGCAAAGUAGAAGAGUGUUAUCUUCAUUGUGAUUUAUUAAAUAUGUAA